AUGGAAUCUCCCUUUGUGAGCCACUUCUUUCUUUUUUUUCUUUCUUUCUCUCCUUUUCUUUCUUUCUUUCUUUCUUUCUUUCUUUCUUCUUUCCUUCUUUCUUUCUUUCUUUCUUUUCAUUCUUCCCUUCUCUCUUUCUUUCUUUCUUUCUUUCUUUUCCUCCGUUCGUUUUUAGUUCUUUCUUUCUUUCUUUCUUUCUUUCUUUCUUUCUUUCUUUCUUUCUUUCUUUCUUUCUCCUAUGAGUUUCUCCAUGCCGUCCGUUCUUUCUUUCUUUCUUUCUUUCUUUCUUUCUUUCUUUCUUUCUUUUUUCUUUCUUUUCCUCCGUUCUUUCUUUCUUUCUUCUCCUUUCGUUCUUUUCUUUUUUUUUUCCUCCGUUCAUUUUUUUCCACUAACUUUCUUUCUUUUUUCUUUCUUUCCUCUGCUAUUCUUCUUUCCUUUUUUUCGUUUUUCUUUCUUUCUUUCUUUCUUUCUUUCUUUCUUUCUUUCUUUUUUCUUCUUUUCCUCCGUUCUUUCUUUCUUUCUUUCUUUCUUUCUUUCUUUCUUUCUUCUCCUUUCGUUCUUUUCUUUCUUUCUUUUUCCUCCGUUCAUUUUUUGUCCACUAACUUUCUUUCUUUUUUCUUUCUUUCCUCUGCUAUUCUUCCUUUCUUUCUUUUUCGUUCUUUCUUUCUUUCUUUCUUUCUUUCUUUCUUUCUUUCUUUCUUUUCCUCCGUUCUUUCUUUCUUUCUUUCUUUCUUUCUUCUCCUUUCGUUCUUUUCUUUCUUUCUUUUUCCUCCGUUCAUUUUUUGUCCACUAACUUUCUUUCUUUUUUCUUUCUUUCCUCUGCUAUUCUUCCUUUCUUUCUUUUUCGUUUUUUCUUUCUUUUUUUCGUUCUUCACUUUCUUUCUUUCAUUAUUUAUACUUUCUUUCUUUUUUCCUUUUUUUGUUUCUACAAAAUGA